AUGCUGCGAAUCUCGUUGUUUGGUCUUUUCUACAGCGUAUACCAGAUACCUGUGAAUGAAGCACCAUUUUUGAGCGUAGAUCCUGGUCUCGAAAUAGACGACUUAUCUACGGAUGCCUUCGAGCAAUCUUUCGAACUGGGCUAUGCUCCGUUUUUUUUGCUAUUUAGCGCCUGGCUGCUUGCUUACAAAAAGCUGCAGAAAGCACCUGGCACUUUUCAAAGUGAAAGUCCGGAGAUCGGAGUUGCUCCAGCUGCGAAAGGCUCCCCCAAAUUUUCCCCUCGCGAAGUUCCAGGACAGACCUGUCCGCCCCCCAAGGCUGUUCCUAAGUGCCCACCACGGGCCAAGGCCAAGGGGAAGGCGCCACCGCCCAAAGGAACUCCACCGCGAAAAGCUUCUGCCUCCAAGGCUGGUGAAGCGACACCCACAGCCAAAGCCGCAGCAAAUCCCUUUGGAGCGCGCCGAGUUCGCUGGAGAACUUUGCAAUCUGCCGCCGGCACCAUUUUUGAUGGCCUGGGAACAGGGCAGCUACGAAAUGAGACAGCAAGGAUGUUGAAUGAAGUUUUCAGAGUCACACCACAAGGUCAGAGUGCCAAAUCUUCCCCCUUCAUUCCAAAAAGUAGCGGUGUGUGUUUGCUGAACCCAAAGCGUGCACAGCAACUGGCGAUUGUUUUCCGACGUUCCCCAGUACCUUUGCAGAAACUUUGUUCAGCGCUUCUGGCAUUGGACUUUUCGGUCUUGGGCCACCUGGGAGAGGAGGAAAUUGAUGGCUUGCUCCAGGCUUGGCCAACCUCCUUUGACUUCCAACUCGUUGAGAAAUACAAAGGUCCCAUUCAGGAGUUGCGAGAUGUGGAACAGUGCAUUAAGCAGAUGUCUGCGGUUCCAAGAAGUGAAGCCCGACUGAAGCUUUUACGACUUUCCAGAUCACUAGAUGGACUCGGUCACUUCCUGGAGCAGUUUAAGCUGUUGCGCUGCGCCUGUGAAGAGCUUUUGAACUCGAAGACGCUGCGACUACUUCUGGAGGAAGCGCUGACCAUGGGGAACUACAUCAAUGGAGAUGCAGGAGCUGGCUUUUCCCUGGAUGCUUUCAGCCACCUGAAGAGUCUCAAAGGUGCUGCUGGGACCACCGCUCUUCAUUGCCUCUGUGCCAGUUGUGCCCAGGAAGAUCCUUGUUUUUGCUCCAAACUUGCAGCAGAACUUCAAAGCCUGCGAAGCGCUUCGCAAAUCUCGCUGGGAACUCUAAAUGAAGCACUUCAGUGCAUCAAAAUUGAUGUGGAAAGUGCUGCUAUGGAGUUUGCAAACCACGCGAGUGAAUAUGACAGCACACCCGCAAUAGCGGAGCUUCAGGAGCUUCCUCCAGCUCCAAUUCAGCCGCUUGGGAGCUCCAAAUUAGGUCUACCUUGCAAGAUUCCACCGCUGCAUCUGCAGAUGCUGCAAGCAGAACCGCUGGCGGUGACUUUUGAGCACAGUGGCGAGGAGGACACUUCCAGCUCGCGUGACGAGAGCCAUGUUGAUGGACCAGAGAUAGGGGCCAGGUCUUCACGAACGCCAAGAGCACAAAGUGUCAACUCGCGGACACACACAGACGCCACUUCUGCGUCAAACUCUGAGAGCGCCUCGCCAAAGGCCUCGCCAAAGGCCUCGCCACAGCGCAGUCCCUCGUGUUCCGUUGGUGCUGCUCGAACUCCGGCCCGCGUGCCGGAGCCUCCUGCGAAGCCUCUCAGGUUCGUAAUGCCUCCUUUGCGCUUGCCUGCUAAAGAGGUGCCCUUGGAGACCAUUUUCGAUUCUAGCCCUGGCGAUAUUUUUGCGUUGCGAAACGCAGGCAACACCUGCACGCAUGCUGAAGGUAGCAUGGUUGGCAGUCUCGAAUUCUGUAUCUCCAAGCUGAAGUCCCGGUUGAUUCUGGUCUUGGGACAUACCCACUGUAGCGCAGUUUACGGGGCGACAAAAGCUUACUUUGACACAGUUCAGGCAGCACAAGCUGGACCCCCAGACAGGUCAGAACGUGCCUCAACCGCACUUGAAGGACUGCUACAAGAUUUGUCCUGCAUCGCUGAACAGGCUGCUAGUGAGGUUGGGCGUGAUGGCAGAGAUGGUGAGUUUGAAGAAGUAGCAAUUCAUGCAGUGAAGAUCAAUGUGUUCCACACCAUAAAUUUCCUUCUGAAGUAUAGCUCGCAAAUUCGGCAGAUGGUUCGUCGUCGACAAGUGGAAAUCCAGGGUGGCAUUUACGAUCUUGCAAGCGGACAUGUCGAAUUUUUGGGUUGUUCGCCUGAUCAAGAGGAGCUUCUCAGCUCAAAGAUGCCGCUUCCCUUGUCAGUGGCUGCACGCAGUUCAAACAAUCCACUCAAAGGAGUGAGGACAGCUUCAGACAGCUGGAUGACUGCCAAACAGGCGUUGGAGGUUCUGAAGGAGGGUAACAGUCGCUUUGUCCUGGGUACUCCUUUGGCUAAAGCUGCCGACGACCAGAUGAGAGAAGCCUUAGUGAAUCAGGGCCAGGCACCGCAUACCGCUGUCCUGGGCUGUGCAGACUCAAGAGUGCCCGUGGACAUCAUUUUUGAUGCCAUGCCAGGAGACAUGUUCGUCUUGAGGAAUGCUGGAAACACCUGUACGCAUGCUGAGGGAAGCAUGCUGGGAAGCUUAGAGUUUUGUGCUUCAAAGCUUGGCUCCAAGCUGAUCCUGGUUCUUGGACACACCAAUUGCAGUGCACUGACCGGUGCAGCACAAGCGUAUCAGAAGAGCCAAGAGAAUAAGGGCCAGCUUUCCCAGUCUAGCAGGGUCUCAACUGCACUAGAAGGCCUUCUUACAUCCUUAUCAACUGUCUCAAAGCGAAGUGCGGAUAGCUUGGGUCCGAAUGCAGACUUCACACAAUUAAUUGCUCAUUCUGCAAAAGUGAACGUCUUCCACUCCAUUGACUUUAUGUUGAAGUAUAGUUUGCCUAUUCGAGAGCUAGUAAAGAAUGGUGGCCUUGAAAUUCAUGGAGCGAUCUACCGCUUGGAAACUGGUCGAGUAGACUUCUUAGGCCCUUCGCCCAAUCAGACACAGCUGCUCUCAUCAGAACAUCAUCUUCCUCCGUCUAUGGCAACUCUCCCCAUGCGAAAAGAAUCCGAUGGUCCAGUGCCUCCUCGCAUGUCGUUGAAGCUGCUGAAGGAGGGCAAUGAGCGCUUCGUGAACGGCAAUCAAAGCGCAAAGAUCAGCAACUGUGAGCGGCGAGCCCUAGCCGAAGAUGGGCAAGCACCUCACUGUGCGAUCAUAGGAUGUGCUGACUCACGCGCGCCACUAGAGACAAUUUUCGACGCAAUGCCUGGUGACAUCUUUGCGUUGCGAAACGCAGGUAACACAUGUACACACACAGAAGGCAGCAUGCUUGGCAGCCUUGAAUUCUGCACCAGUACUUUGGGCACCCGGCUCAUCCUGGUGCUAGGGCACACGCAGUGUAGUGCCAUCAAAGGUGCUACGAAGAUGUUUUUACAAUCAGGAGGUGUUGAACCGACAGAAAAUAGAGCACUGGAUGCCCUAUUCGCUGGGCUAACGACGGUGGUGGAGCAGGCAGCCAGUGAAUUGGGUUGCUAUGCCACGGAAGAGGCAAUUGUUUCACGUGCCACCAAGCUAAAUAUUUAUAGAUCGAUCAAUUUCCUGCUUCAGUACAGCGAGAUCAUCCGGGAACAGGUGGAUGAGGGUGAGCUCGAGAUCCAGGGAGGCAUCUAUGACCUGGAGACAGGAUUCGCGAAGCUCCUCCGUUGCGUUCAGCUCGUGGGGGACAAGCCGACGACACCCCGCGUCAUUUGGCUCCUUUUGGCUCGCAAAGGAACAGUGAUGUCCAUGAUGUUCAUUGCCUUCGGCAAGAGUGGUACAACCUGUGAGAGCCGCUCCGGUGCGAGCACUUUGGAGGGACCUUCCAAGAUUCCUCUCGAUUCCUCUCGAUUCCUCUCCACAAUGCGCCUCCACCAGGAUGCAGCCAAUGAAUCUCUUCUCGCUGUGAUAAUGUCCUUGCGAUUCCUGGUGGCGCUUUCUGCGCUAUGGUCAGUCACUGCCAAGCUUUUGAUUCAAAAAGCUGCUCCCAAUUUUGCUCUGGAUGCCGCUAUGCCUGAUGAUUCUACCAAGAGUGUGUCCUUGGCGGACUACAAGAACAAGUACGUGAUUCUGUUUUUCUACCCCUUCGACUUCACCUUCGUUUGCCCCACAGAAAUCAUGGCCUUCAACAGCGUGGUCGAUGACCUGCGAGCCAAGGGAGCAGAAGUUUUGGGCAUCUCAACGGAUUCGGUGCAUUCGCACCUGGCCUACCGACGCUUAGAGCCAUCCCAGGGAGGAAUUGGCAAGAUCAAGUUUCCGCUGUUGUCAGACUUCAGAAAGGAGGCAUCGAAAGCAUAUGAUGUGCUGGCUGACGAUGGUUCUUCCCACCGUGGCCUCUUCUUGAUUGACAAGUCCGGAAUUGUGCGGCACCAGCUGGUGAAUGACGAGCCUCUGGGGCGUUCAGUGGAUGAAGCAGUGCGCAUGCUCGACGCGUUGCAGUACUUCGAGAAAAACGGCAAGGUGUGCCCUGCCAACUUCAAGGGCAGCGAGUCCACUGAAUCUCUGGGUUCAGCUUCGGUGCCUCUUACGGAACGGUUCAAAGACGUCGCCGGCUACCUGGGCAAAAAAUACGGAUUUAUCACAGAAAUGGCGCCACUGGACUUGCAGGAGUGUUGCAAUGCUGCAAACAUCGUUGGUGAGCCUCAGCAUCCGCCCUGUGGCCAGUCCCUCGAGCGUUUUCACAGCCAUUUUGUACACAGUCGGCUGAAGCAGCCAAUCCAGAAAGACCAACCAGAGCGCGCCUCGAGCGUAUUCCAAAAGGGACCGACUUGCGAGUGCUGCUUUGGAUCGAAGAAACGUCUUGAGAGUUCUGGAUUCAGCCCUCCUUCCUGCCGUGGAAGGGCCAAGGAUGGGAAAACUGCGGCUAUGCUUCGCGCCAUGGAGGUGCCAGGAUCACAAGAUCGACAUCCAUGCCAAAGACGAACAUUGCUGGAGCUUGUUGUUUUUGCAGCUGAAAACUCGAACAAGAAGUUGACUCCCUUGAUGCCGCUCGCCAUUCUCGUGGCCAGAAUGGCCAGCACUGCAGAACUGCGGCAUGCACAUAAGAAAUGA